CCGGAAUGGAAAAUAGACCAUAUAACAUAAACAGUGGAACUAAAUCUACGGUUCAUUAUAACUAUUUUAGAUUAAAUAAUCAAAAAAAUACGAAAAUAGUGAAAUGUCAAAAUUGUAGAUCGUCACAAAAUAUAACCUUUCUGAAGAUAAAAUUUCUAAUAAAAUAAUUUUGUUGUCUUAAUUGUAACAACAACAAGUAAAUUGUGAUUCCGGUAGAAAAAAUCUAAUCAGAUUGUAUUUUUUUUGGCAAAUUUGGUCAAUGAUCUAAAUAUAACCACAAACUCAAAAUUAUGGCAGAUGCAGCAGCGAGAAGAGAAGCGAGGAUAAAAAAGAUUUUAGAGAAUUCCGAGAGUCGUUUAAAAAAAAUAACUGGAGUUGAACAAAAACCGGAUAUUAGUAUUGAGGGUUUGAGUUUUAAGCCAUCAAACAAUGUUCUUAAUAAUAUUCUCAGUGAAACUAGUGUUACUUCACACUAUACACUACCACCUCAAUGUGAACCUGCCGAGCCAAUUGUUCAUGAACAUCAAACUACUGAAACUCAGACUAUAAAUGAUAUUAAAAACAUUGGAAGUUUUUUAGUAGUAUAUAGAAUACAUGUAAUAUCAUUUAUAGCAGUGUCUUACAGUAUUUUCUUAGCGAUGUUAUUAAAAUAUCAACAUCUAUUAUCUUUUGAUGUAGAAUCAUUAUACCUAAAUAAGAUAUUUAUUCCAUUAUUAGGCUAUGAAUUAAUUGAAGUGAUAUACAGCCCUCCACCUACUGUUUCAAAUUUUCAGAGAUUUAUAUUAGCAGGCACCAGAAGUAAAUUUAUUCAUACAUAUUUACGUAUGUUUGCUAGGAUGUACAGAUCGAUACAGUUUUACGAGGGACGUUGGAAAAGGAACACUGAUACGAGCAGGAAAGGUCAGCGUGAAUGCGCACUACACACAGCGCAUAGUACGAUAACGCAACAACAGACAGCCAAUUGGUAAAGGAUACUUAAGUGACGGCCUUUUCAUACGACGGCGGCGGCGAAUCCCUGAUCACUUGGAUAGUUUCCAGCUCGUUUUGUGGCGAC